UACGCGAUUAUCCCAGUUCACGUCUUGGUCUAGUUUCGUCGUUUCUCUCGCAUCUCAUGGAAUCAUGGUCAUCCGGAUCUAUGCCAUGUUCUUCAAGUCGAAAGUGAUUUUCGUGCUUUUGCUACUCAGCUUCUUGGCUGUGUCUGUGUGCAACGUCGUUGGCCUGAUUCCGACUAGUACAGGCAAAGAUGCCACCACUGUCUAUGCGGACGGCAUAUUUCUCUGUGGCUUGUCGAGUGAUUGGAACUACGCAUUGUUUGCGAGCAUAACAAGGAUACCGAGCAUGACGUUCGCGUUCCUUCUCUUCGCUUUGGCUCUAUUUGGGCUCUACAAGCAUGCAAUGGAGCGCAGGCUGAUCCAUGGAGGGUGGUCAGCUAACCUGUGGAUGAAGCUGCUAAUGACACAGAGCACCAUAUAUUUUGCUGCAUGUGUGGCAUGCGAUGCGAUCGUCAUCGCGUGUGCAUGGACAGAUAACCUCACGCUAAUAGCGUUCGGAGCGUCUUUGACGACCCUCAACAUAUAUCUAUUGGCGCCGCGCCUCCUGAUCAGCUUCCGUAGCUAUCACUCGAGGCACUCGCGCAUUGGAUCUGCUAACAGCUCGCUGGGAUUGAGUUCACGUUCAUCGAUCGAUAGAGAUAUUCAGCUGCAGAGCUUCGGCAGAGACAGCAGGACCUCGUCAGUGUUGAAGCUGCCGAUGGGGACUUGGGAGGCGAUCACCGGGUGAGAGAGGGGUAUUAGCGAAAUUGUGUCAAACAUACUUUCUGCGUAGGUCUAAGCUGCAUGAUAUACUGUAAAUUAGCCCGCUAAAUAUACCCUAG